CUGAGUGCUUUGAAGGACUAUGGCUUAAGGGGACUUCUAAGUCAAUUGGCAAAAUAAUUCUAUUAUGAAAACAUUCUGCAUCCCACUUUGAAGUGUGGCGUCUGGGGUCUUAAAUGCUAACAAGUGGCCAUCUAAGAUGCAUCAAUUGGUCUCAACCCACCUGGAUCAAAGGAGAAUGAAGAACACCAAGGUCACACGAUAACUAUGAGCCCAAGAGACAGAAAGGGCCACAUGAACCAGAGACUUACAUCAUCCUGAGACCAGAAGAACUAGAUGGUGCCCAGCCACAACCGAUGACUACCCUGACAGGGAGCAGAACAGAGAACCCCUGAGGGAGCAGAAGAACAGUGGGAUGCAGACCCCAAAUUCUCAUAAAAAGACCAUACUUAAUGGUCUGACUGAGACUAGAAGGACCCCAGAGGUCAUGGUCCCCAGACCUUUUGUUAGCCCAAGACUGGAACUAUUCCCAAAGCCAACUCUUCAGACAGGGAUUGGAUUGGACUAUAAGAUAGAAAAUGUUACUGGUGAGGAGUGAGCUUCUUGGCUCAAGUUGACACAUGAAACUAUGUGGGCAGCUCCUGUCCGGAGGGCAGAUGAGAAGACAGAAGGUGGCUGAAUGGACACGGGGAAUACAGGGUGGAGAGAAGGAGUAUGCUGUCUCAUUAGCGGGCGAGCAACUAGGAAUAUUUAGCAAGGUGUAUAUAAAAUUUUGUAUGAGAGACUGACUUGAUUUGUAAACUUUCACUUAAAGCAGAAAAUAAAAAAUAAAAUAAAAUAAAAAGUUACUCGGCACAUUUCCCUACAAAGUUAAAUGAAAUGUUAAGAGUUUUUUUAAUUUAAUUUUUAGCUUAAACUUUUGGUUUGAUCAUUAUUAACCCUGCAUGAAAUAAAAAGGGUAAAGUUUACAUUUUUUCAUUUUAUGUAUAAAACACAGGUAUAAAUAUAAUAUAUAAACAAAAGUACGCUAUAUCUACGAUAUUAAAAUUUCAUGGGGGAGUUCCAUUAGGAAAAAAAAAAUCUCAACGGCCUGCAAGGAGAUCUCAAUAAUGAGAAAAAGUUGUUGAGAAACACUGAGCUAAAAACCCAUAAAGGAAAACAGAAACAGAAGUAGAAAGUAAGGUGGGGUGGGGGAUCGUUAAGAAAACGGAAAGUAGUGUGUUCCCUAUUUAAAACCCAUGCCCAGAGCAAGGUCUUCAGAGAACCUGGAGGCCCAGGCUCACAGACUCACCAGCAUCAACCAAGACAGCAGCAUCUACAAGAUCCCCAAUGGCCUUCUCUUUCCUUUUGCUCAUCGCCCUGGUGGUGCUCAGCUGCAACUCCACCUGCUCUCUGGGCUGUGACCUGCCUCAGAGCCAUAGCCUGGCUAACAGGAGAACCAUGAUGCUUCUGGGACAAAUGAGGAGAAUCUCCCCUUUCUCCUGCCUGAAGGACAGAAAUGACUUUGGGUUUCCCCAGGAGGAGCUUGAUGGCAACAAGUUCCAGAAGGCUCAAGCCAUCUCUGUCCACCAUGAGAUGAUCCAGCAGACCUUCAACCUCUUCAGCCUACAGGCCUCAUCUGCUGCCUGGGAUAAGACCCUCCUGGACAAAUUGUACACUGGACUCUAUCAGCAGCUGAAUGACCUGGAAGUCUGUUUGAUGCAGGAAAUGGGGGUAGAAGAAGCUCCCGUUCCUGUGAUAAAUGAGGACUCCAUGCUGGCUGUGAGGAAGUACUUCCAAAGAAUCACUGUCUAUCUGACAGAGAAGAAAUACAGCCCUUGUGCCUGGGAGACUGUCAGAGCAGAAGUCAUGAGCUCCUUCUCUGCAUCUACAAACUGGAAAGAAAGGCUAAGAAGUAAGGAAGGCGACCUGGCCCCAUAA